AUGGACAUAGCCAGUCUAUGGUCUGGUGUCAUUGUCAUUCUGUGCAUUUUGGAUGCUACAGGUGUGUUGAGCUCACCUUCUCUUCUUUUUCUGCCUGGCUUUCCAGAUUGGGAAAAGGGAAUGCAGGUGCCACUGGAUAUUGCCCUCGCCUACCUAACGCAAGGCAGUUUUUAUGCCCAUUCUAUCUAUGCCACCCUUUACAUGGAUGCCUGGCGCAAGGACUCGGUCGUGAUGCUUAUUCACCACGUGGUCACACUGACCCUCAUCGCCUUCUCCUAUCUUUUCAGAUACCACAACAUAGGGAUUCUUGUGCUCUUCCUUCAUGACUUUAGUGACAUCCAGCUGGAGUUUACCAAACUCAACGUUUACUUCAAGUACCGGGGCGGCAUUUACCACCGUUUAAACGACACCCUUUCCAAUGCUGGCUGCGUCUCCUUCAGCGUUAGUUGGGCAGUUCUUGACCUGCGACCACAAUUGAGCCCAAGAUUUCUGUUGUUAAACAAGACAGUCCCUAAGAGUUUUGCCUCAUUCAAAGCUGAUUGGUUCCUCCUCUUCUUCUCUCGGCAGUACAUCGUUGUUUUUGUGGCCAAGGUUUUGCUGGGACAAGUGCAGGAAGUGAAGGACGUACGGGAAUAUGAUACUGAUGCUGUUUCUAAGAAGACAGGCAAGGAGCUUCAUCUCCACAACUCUUGGAAGGAAGGAAAUCACUUAAAGAACGGCAUCGUGAAAGACAAGCGGUUAUAGAGGCACUCGCAGAACCACAGAGCCGAAUUCUGGAGAAACCCGCAAGGAACCAUUCAUUCAAACUCCAGCCUGUUCAGGGGUGAACUGAAGAGCUGCCACCCUAUUCCACCCAGGGUUGACAACCAAAUUCUAAUUGAGGAGCAAUCUACAAAUUUUCUUUUUUCUUUUAAAAGCCCCCUGGAGUUGGAUUUCAAGCUGGAUUUCCAUUAGCAGUGAUGGAAACGAGGAGGAGGAGGUCCAUGACGCGUCGUUUAGCCGAGUCAGAUUGGAGCAGGGCAUUAACACACACACACACACACACACACACACACACACACAAAUAGCUACUUCCAUCCUCUGGUGCAUCAAUGGCGCCUAGUAGGAAACAUUUCCCAUCAGGAUAGAGGGACGAGGAACUGUCAAGUUUUCUGUGGCUUCUGUGCGGCAGGGCCUUCUCUGUGGUGGCCCCAAGAAGGCAGAACUGUUUCCCCCCCCCUUGGUUCAGGACUCCUGAUUGGUUGAAGAGGAGGAGGGGCGGAAAUCCCUUCAGGAUCUCCAGGUGGCAAAAAGCAAUGAUAGAAAAAAGCACAUGUGUGAAUCGAUGAAUUUUCAGCCUUGCAAGUUGGGGUUGGAAAGGAGUAUCCCACAAUGCCCUGCGGCACUUUUUACCCCUGUUCCUUUUUCUAAACCCUGUUUGUUUUCCCCCUUUGUUCUGGUUGGGAGAGGAAAAAGGCGGCAGUACUGUUUUGUCUUAACUGCGUGUAUUUGGAGAAGUUGUAUAUAAAAUAAGGCUUGGAUUCACAAGA